AGAGUCUUCGUUCUUCACAGUAGACGGCCCAGCCGCUGCGCGGCUGCUGCUUCCGACGAGUUGCUUCCUGUAUCGACGUGGAGGAAAACCUUCUGUUCUCCGCAGGGCAGCGUGGCGGUCGGGCGCAGUGCAGAGGUGAACCAAGCCAGAGCGACCUCGUCUUUGGGCCAGGGCGGACAGGAUACUAUGGAGCUGACAACGAGUACAGUUAUAUAUAUUCUAGUGGCAUUAAUGAUUCCCAUUUGGUUCUAUUUACAAACUGAUCCAAAACGGAAGCAAUUUGUACAAGUCAUCAACAAGAUUCCUGGACGAUUAGCUUUACCUGUCAUUGGGAAUGCUUAUGAAGUAUUCACCCUCACGAGAGAAAAUUUUUUUACAUUGAUCGACGAGGAUACAAAGAAGUACUGGCCGAUAUUUAGGUCGUGGAAUGGACCUUUGGCAGAGGUGCAUCUGCAAAAAAUGGCACUUCCACCGCAAGCUCAUCACACCUACCUUUCAUUUCAAGAUUCUGGAAGCUUUCCAAGAAGUUUUCGCCGAGAAGAGCAGCAUUCUCGUGCAGAAGUUGGAGAAGGAAAAACUGCAAUGGGGACCGAAAUCAACGCGCAGGAAGAUUCUCAUUCACCAUACGUAUCUGCAAUUUAUGCAGCUUCGGAACUUACUCUUGCCCGAAUGCUUCGACCUUGGCUGCACCCGGAUUUCAUUUAUUCGCUGACGCAAAACGGAAAGGAGUACAAGAAGUGUCUCAAUAUACUUCACUCUUUCACCAAUAAGGUUAUCAAUGAAAGAAAACUGAGUUUCAUGAAAAAACAAUGUGUAGAAGAGGAAUCUGACGUACUUGGUAAGAAGCGCAGGAGGGCUUUCCUGGACCUGUUGCUGGAGGCUUCGGAGGAGGGCGGGAAGCUCACGGACGAGGAGAUACGAGAAGAGGGCCACGAUACAACCUCAGCCAGUCUUUGUUGGACACUUCUUCUGCUGGGCAAUCAUCCUGACAUCCAGGAACGAGUGUUUGAGGAACAGUCUGAGAUAUUCCACGGUUCCGACAGAUUACCCACGACGCAAGAUAUAGGAGAAAUGAAAUAUCUGGAGCGUGUAAUAAAGGAAUCUUUGAGGCUUUAUCCCAGUGUUCCUUUCAUUGGUCGAACUUUGACUGAAGACGUUCAAGUUGGAGAGUACGUUUUACCGCAAGGCUGCCAAGUAACUCUCCAUAUCUACCACACCCACCGCAACCCGAAGUUCUUCCCCAACCCCGACGACUUCAAUCCUGACAAUUUCCUGCCAGAGAAAAUGGAGCUUAGUACAAUUAUUUACGCUCUUGUGGCACUAGUGAUUCCAAUUUGGAUAUACAUGCAAUCUGAUCCAAAACGGAAACAAUUUGUACAAGCCAUCAACAAGAUUCCUGGGCGUUUUGCUUUACCUGUCAUUGGGAAUGGUUACGAAAAUUCUUUGCAGCGGUCGAAGAGGAUACAAAAAAAUUCGGGCCCAUAUGGAGGACCUGGAAUGGACCUGUUGCAGAAAGCAUCAGAACUAACACUCGGACGAAUGUUGCGUCCUUGGCUGCACUCGGAUUUCAUAUAUUCUCUGACUCGAGAUGGCAAAAAAUACAAACAGUGCCUCAACACUCUUCAUUCUUUCACCACCAAGGUUAUCAACGAAAGAAAAUUAAGCCUUAUGAAAAAACAUUAUAUAGAAGAGGAACCUGAUGGUCACGACACAACUUCGGCCAGCCUGUGUUGGACGCUCUUCCUUCUAGGCAAUUAUCCUCAAAUUCAGGAACGAGUUUUUGACGAACAGUCGAAGAUAUUUCAGGGUUCUGACAGAUUGCCAACGACGCAGGAUGUAGCAGAAAUGAAAUAUUUGGAACGUGUGAUAAAGGAAUCUCUGAGGCUGUAUCCUAGUGUUCCAUUUAUUGGUCGCGCACUUACAGAAGAGGUCCAAGUUGGAGAAUAUCUUUUACCGGCGGCCACUCACGUUACUAUUCAAAUUUAUCAUGUUAACCGCAACCCCAAGUACUUCCCCAACCCCGACGAGUUCAAUCCAGACAACUUCCUGCCAGAGAAAGUGCAGGGCCGCCACCCAUACGCCUACGUGCCCUUCAGCGCUGGCUCCAGGAACUGCAUUGAUUUCUUCUAUGUGAUUCAUGACAUUACUAUGACAUACUGGCCCAGAUACAGAUCAUGGUAUGGACCUACGCCGGAAAUAAACUUCUCAGAAGCUGAUGAUAUCGAAAUUAUCCUUCGUAGCUCCGUGAACAUAAAGAAAGGCAUGCUUUACCACUUCCUGCAUCCAUGGUUGGGAACCGGACUUCUAACAAGUUCAGAGAGGGCUAUGCGUAUAUGGUUGUACCCUGAUUUCAUAUACUUCUCAACCAAACGCGGGAAGAGAUUCAAACGGAGUUUAAAUAUUCUUCAUUCAUUUUCUAAGAAGAUCAUCAAUGACAGAAAACAAAAGCCGAUUAGAAGAAAUGAAACUGGAGAGACUACAGAUGACGGUCACGACACGACAUCCGCGAGUUUAGUUUGGACUUUGUUUCUUCUGGGAAACCAUCCUGAGGUGCAGGAACGUGUAUUCGAGGAACAGGCCGCAAUUUUCCAAAAUUCUGAUCGUGUGCCUACGAUGCAAGAUCUAACUGAAAUGAAGUAUCUAGAACGAGUUAUAAAGGAGUCACUACGAGAAUACACCUUCCCAGCAGGCUGUCAAGUCACUCUCCACAUCUACAACGCACACCGCAACCCGAAGUACUUCCCCAACCCCGACGAGUUCAACCCAGACAACUUCCUGCCAGAGAAAGUGCAGGGCCGCCACCCAUACGCCUACAAGUUCGCGCUGCAGGAGGAGAAGACGGUGCUGUCGGCCAUUGUUCGCAACUUCCGCGUGAGGGCGCUGGACCGCCCCGCUGACGUUAAGAUGUUAAUAAAUCUUUUCCGGAUUUGUCAAUUUGCAAUCGGCUUAGACAUGGAUUUAGUCACGGUAAUAAUUAUUAUUGUUAUUAUUUUGGUGUCUCUAACAAUGUUUUGGGUGAGUGACCCAAAAAGGAAGAGAAUGUUGAGGGAAGUUAAUAAACUUCCUGGGCCCCUCGCGUUGCCGAUUAUUGGAAAUGCUUACUUGGCGUUCACAUUCAACAGAAAAAAUUUCUUCUACUUCGUUGACAAGAAUUCUCAGAAGUAUUGGCCAAUUUAUAGAAUAUGGUAUGCGGAAACACCCGAAGUGAAUAUGAUGGAAGCUGAUCAUUUGGAAGUUAUUUUUAGAAGUUCCAUUAACGUGAAGAAAGGUAUGUUGUACGACUUUUUACACCCGUGGUUGGGAACAGGACUUCUUACAAGCACAGGGCAGAAAUGGCAUACUCACCGCAAGCUAAUAACGCCCACCUUCCAUUUUAAGAUCUUGGAAACUUUCCAGGAUAUAUUUACAAAGAACAGUCAAAUUCUAGUGCAGAAAUUAAAUAAGGAAGUGGGAAACGAGAGCGGAUUUGAUAUCUUCCCCUACAUAACACGCUGCACCUUGGACAUCAUUUGCGAAACGGCGAUGGGGGUGAAAAUAAACGCCCAGAAUGAUACAUUUUCCCCGUACGUGUCUGCAGUUUACGACAUCUCCGAACUCACUUCGGAUCGCAUGAUGCGAAUAUGGCUGUAUCCUGAUUUUAUAUACUACAUGACAAAAAGAGGAAAGAGAUAUCUUCAGUGCUUAAACAUUCUUCACUCAUUUUCAAAUCAGGUCAUUCGGACGAAGCGUCGCAUGGCGUUCCUCGACUUGCUGCUGGAGGCCUCGCAAGGGGGCGCUGUGCUCACCGACGAGGAGAUCCGCGAGGAGGUCGACACUUUCAUGUUCGAGGGUCACGACACUACAUCAUCAAGUUUGUGUUGGACACUGUUCCUUCUCGGAAACCAUCUUGAAGUACAGGAACGAGUGUAUGAAGAACAAGACGCUAUAUUCCAAGAUUCUGAUCGUCUCCCUACGAUGCGAGAUCUAACUGAAAUGAAGUACCUAGAACAAGUCAUAAAAGAGUCACUACGUCUAUAUCCUAGCGUUCCCUUCAUUACACGGACAUUAGUUGAAGACGUUCAGAUUGAAGAGUACAACUUUCCAGCGGGAUGUGAAGUUUCAAUCCACAUCUACCACGCCCACCGCAACCCGAAGUAUUUCCCCAACCCUGACGAGUUCAACCCAGACAAUUUUCUACCCGAGAAGGUGCAGGGCCGCCACCCGUAUGCCUACGUGCCCUUCAGCGCCGGCUCCAGGAACUGCAUUGGUAAGGCAUUUCAAUUUUUGAGAACUCUCUAUGGUUCAGUUUGCCAUCUUGUUAAUUGGUUUCCGUUCGAGAUAGGUGUAUUCGACAUUUUGCAGAUAAGCUUGAAAAACAUCCUUGAAACAAAGAAGGGAUUCUCGUACUCUUAUUUCGCCCGACUGACAUAUCCUUGCUCUAUGAACAUUUUUGGAUAUUCAAUUGAAAACUUACAAAACCAAAGAACAGAUCAAACUUUUUUCUUCUUCCUUCAUAAUUCGGCGCAAAAACUUCGAUUCAAUACUGAGAAAGUUAAUAUGAAUAUUGUUCUUAUUGUUUUUACUUAG